AUGGAGGAAAAUCAGUCCUCUGUCACAGAGUUCCUCCUCCUGGGAUUCCCGCUCAGCCCGAGGACCCAGCUGCUCCUCUUCGGGCUCUUCUCCCUGUGCUACGCCUUCACCCUGCUGGGGAACGGGGCCAUCCUGGGGCUCAUCUUGCUGGACUCCCGACUGCACACCCCCAUGUACUUCUUCCUCUCACACCUGGCCACUGUGGACAUCACCUAUGCCUGCACCACGGUGCCGCAGAUGCUGGUAAACCUCCUGAAUCCAGCCCAGCCCAUCUCCUUUGCGGGCUGCAUGGCACAGACCUUUCUCUUUUUGACUUUUGCUCACACCGAAUGUCUUCUCCUGGUGGUGAUGUCCUAUGACCGGUAUGUGGCCAUCUGCCACCCACUCCGAUAUUCUGUCAUCAUGAGCUGGAGAGCCUGCAUCACCCUGGCGGUGACUUCCUGGGCAUGUGGCUCCCUCCUGGCCCUGGUACAUCUGGUGUUACUCCUACCCUUGCCUUUCUGUGGACCCCAGAAAGUUAAUCACUUUUUCUGUGAAAUUAUAGCCGUUCUCAAGCUUGCCUGUGCAGACACCCACAUUAAUGAGAUGAUGGUUUUGGCUGGGGCAGUGUCUGUGCUGGUGGGACCAUUCUCCUCAAUCGUGGUAUCUUACCUUCAUAUUCUACAUGCCAUCCUAAAGAUGCAGUCAGGGGAGGGGCUCCAGAAAGCCUUCUCCACCUGCUCCUCCCACCUCUGUGUGGUCGGACUGUUUUACAGCACAGCCAUUGUCAUGUAUGUCGGGCCCCGACAUGGGGGCCCCAAGGAGCAGAAGAAAUAUCUCCUCCUGUUUCACAGCCUUUGCAACCCCAUGCUCAAUCCCCUGAUCUAUAGUCUGAGGAGCAAAGAAGUCAAAGCUGCCCUGAAGAGGAUGCUUGAAAAGCAGAGGACUUCGUGA